CGUCCUGAGGUAACAACUUGCACUACCACCCUAUCAAAAGGCCAGUUUAAUAGUGCCAGAUUUGAAAGGUUUUCAAGUUGGAAGGUGCUGCAAAAGGCUAUUGCCAAACUCCAACAUAUAGCUCAAUCAUUCAAGAACAACUCUGAGGUUUCCUGUCGUGGCUGGCACAACUGCAACAAACAUUUAACUGAAAAGUCACUGCAACUAGCCAAGACCACGAUCAUUCGCACCGUUCAAAGAGAGGUCUUCGCAGAAGAUAUUGGAUGCAUUGAAAAAGGCACAGCUCUAAAAAACUCAAGUCCACUCAGCAAACUGAAUCCAUUUGUUGACACGCAAGGGCUCCUUAAAGUUGGAGGCCGACUAAAGAAAGCACAGUUGUCUGCAGAAGAAACCAAUCCCAUACUCGUCCCUGGAAAGCAUCAUCUUGCUCAGCUCAUAAUAAGACACUUUCACGAAAAAUUAUGUCACCAGGGAAGGCAUUUCACGGAGGGAGCAGUCAGAGCAGGGGGCUUUUGGAUUGUGGGAGGAAAAAGAGCAGUAAGCAGUGUGAUUUUCAAGUGCAUCACAUGCCGCAAAUUAAGGGGCAGGCAACCUGAACAGAUAAUGGCUGAACUUCCUGAGGACAGGCUGUCCACGGACCCUCCUUUCACAAAUGUAGGCCUUGAUGUGUUCGGUCCCUGGUCCGUUACAGUGAGAAAAACGCGUGGUGCUAAUGCAGAUGCUAAAAGAUGGGCAGUCAUAUUCACCUGCAUGAGUACACGUGCAAUUCAUAUUGAAGUGAUUGAGUCAAUGGACACAUCGUCGUUCAUUAAUGCACUGCGUCGUUUCUUUGCCAUCCGAGGUGGUGCCAAACUCUUGAGAUCUGAUUGUGGGACAAAUUUUGUGAGUGCCUGCAAAGAGCUCCAAAUAGACAAACUAGGCUGUCACAAUGACAAAAUAGGCACAUUCUUGAAAGACAGUGCGUGCAAAUGGCAGUUCAAUCCUCCACAUGCAUCCCAUAUGGCUGGUUCCUGGGAACGCAUGAUCGGCGUCACCCGAAAAAUCCUCAAUGCAAUGCUCCUUGAACAUCCAUAUGGGAAGCUCACACAUGAAGUACUCGUAACAUUGUUAGCUGAAGUCACCGCAAUUGUAAAUGCCCGUCCGCUAACAGCCGUUUCUACAGAUCCCGAAAACCCAGUCAUUCUUACUCCUGCGAUGCUACUCACGCAAAAGGUUGGCACACCACCGAUUCCACCAGGGCAGUUUCAGACCAGUGACCUAUUCAAAGCCCAAUGGAAGCGCGUGCAGUACUUAGCUAAUGUUUUCUGGAGUCGUUGGCAGAAAGAAUACAUCGCAGGCCUGCAGGUUCGUCACAAGUGGAAAACAAAAAAGCCAAACCUUCAAAUGGGCAACGUUGUUUUAAUGAGGGAGUCUCUAGAACAUAGGAAUAAUUGGCCACUCGGACUGAUCACAAAAUCUUUCCCAAGUGAGGACGGUAAUGUCAGAAAAGUUGAGGUUAAGAUUUGCCGAAACGGCGAGAAUAGGUUUUACAUUCGCCCAAUUCGUGAAGUUGUGCUUUUGAUGUCUAAGGAUAGCAUGUAAAACGAGUUGUUGUUGUGUAUCGUUCAUUAGUUAAGAGCUGACAUCUUGCAGAUGUCAGGCGGGGAGUGUUAUGUCCUCUGGUCUUAUGUUGACUACUUUUUGGGUUUAAUUUCUUUCUAAGAUUGUACAUUGUUCAUCCGUCCACAGGAUGUCGCUAUUCUAACUCAGAAUCUUAAGUUUUUCUUUGGUAUUGCUGUUUGCGCUCGGCUUCCCCUAGUGGCGAUUUGCUGUAAGCAGCAGGCAGAAAGAACUUUUUAUUUCAGUUGGAAAAGAGGCCUUGAGGUGUUAAGACGUUGCACACCUCCUCUGCACCAUACAUCGUUGGGAACCCUUGACAAAACAAAAUCUUUUUACCACACACACGCACACACGUUGACACAAAGAAAUAAAUGAGAGGAAGGAGUUCGGGCCUCCAAGUUUCUUUGUCGGUUUAGCUCGCUGCCAAAGUCGAGUAGCCAUACGCUCGGCUGAGGGCAGAAGAGGCAGAAUGCAGAAUACUUUUGGAAAGCACAGCAUGUUUUGGCCGUGAUCAAAAAUAA